GCGGGUCUGGUGGGGGACGGGAUCCGGCUCAAAGAACAGCCUGAGACUCGGGUAGCUGGGGACAGGGACACAGCGGAGCUUGCUCGGGCGGCGGCGGCGGUGUGUGGGUGCACGGGGAGGUGCGCAGGUCUUGGCUCCAGAUCCGAGGCUCGGGGCCCGGGAGCCCCUGCCUUGAGACCAGGUGAGCUGAGACUCCCGCCUGGCAGCAGGGGGGUGAUUGCUACCCUUCCAGGCCAGGUGGCCUUUUUGGCCACGCCCCGAGCUGCAGAGUCUGUCCUGUUCCGGGUCCUCCAGGCCUGGCCCAGUUCCCGGGAAGCCUCCCCGCAUUUCACCUUUUUCUUGGAUCCUAGACCACUGAGCUGUUACCAGCCUCUCUUGCUUCCUGGGGCUGCCUUCUUCCCACCCUCAGAGCCACCUAGCUGGCUGCCCUGAAAGCAUACAGGACCGCCAUGCCUCCCUGUAACCUCCUGCCCCAGUCCAGCCCUACAGCAGGCCCUCUUUAUGGGUGUCCAGGGUCCCCAGGAGGAGACAAAGAGAAGAGUCAGGAUGGGACUGAAGCUGGCCAGAACCAUCAGCCUGUCAUUCCCCUCUGUCAGGCCCUAGGAAGUUCCAGCUGCUGGCUUGGUGCUCUGAGCCUCCUGUCAUGGCCUGGGGACUGCCCACUGCUGCCAGCCUGGCACGUUUCUGCCAGAAACUGAACCGGCUGAAGCCACUAGAGGAGUCCAGCAUGGAGACAUCUCUGCGGCGCUGCCUGUCCACACUGGACCUAACCCUGCUGGGUGUGGGUGGCAUGGUGGGCUCAGGCCUGUAUGUGCUCACAGGCACUGUGGCCAAGGACAUGGCUGGGCCUGCCGUGCUCAUGUCCUUCGGUGUGGCCGCUGUGGCCUCCCUGUUGGCAGCCCUGUGCUAUGCAGAAUUUGGAGCACGAGUGCCCCGCACGGGUUCUGCAUACCUAUUCACCUAUGUGUCCAUGGGGGAGGUGUGGGCCUUCCUCAUAGGCUGGAAUGUGCUCCUGGAAUACCUCAUUGGGGGUGCCGCAGUGGCCCGUGCCUGGAGUGGCUAUCUGGAUGCCAUCUUUAGCCACAGCAUUCGAAACCUCACUGAGUCUCAAGUGGGUGUCUGGCAGGUGCCCUUCCUGGCCCAAUAUCCAGAUUUCUUGGCUGCCGGCAUCCUGCUCGUGGCUUCCACCUUUGUCUCCUGUGGAGCCCGAGUCUCCUCCUGGCUCAACCACACCUUCUCAGCUAUCAGCCUGAUUGUCAUCCUCUUCAUCAUCAUCCUGGGCUUCAUCCUGGCCCGCCCUCACAACUGGAGUGCUGAGGAGGGUGGCUUUGCCCCCUUUGGCUUCUCUGGCAUCAUGGCGGGCACUGCUACCUGCUUCUAUGCCUUUGUGGGCUUUGAUGUCAUUGCUGCUUCCAGUGAGGAGGCCCAGAAUCCCCGGCAGGCCGUGCCCAUGGCCAUUGCAAUCUCCCUUGGUCUGGCAGCCAGUGCCUAUAUCCUUGUCUCUACUGUGCUAACCCUCAUGGUGCCCUGGCACAGCCUGGACCCUGAUUCUGCACUUGCUGAUGCUUUCUACCGGCGGGGCUACAGCUGGGCUGGCUUCAUCGUGGCAGCUGGCUCCAUCUGUGCCAUGAAUACCGUCCUCCUCAGCAACCUCUUCUCCCUGCCGCGCAUCGUCUAUGCCAUGGCCACCGAUGGGCUCUUCUUCCAGGUGUUUGCCCAUGUGCACCCCCGAACACAGGUGCCUGUGAUGGGCAUUCUGGUGUUCGGGGUCCUCAUGGCUCUCCUGGCACUGCUGUUGGACCUAGAGGCACUGGUCCAGUUUCUGUCCAUCGGCACCCUGCUGGCCUAUACCUUUGUGGCUGCCAGCAUCAUUGUGCUGCGCUUCCAGAAGUCAUCUCCACCCAGCUCCCCAGGCCCAGCCAGCCCUGACCUCACAGCCAAGAAGUAUGACUCCUUCUCAGACCACAUACAGCUAGUGGGUGCUGUGCAGGCCUCAAUCCCUGAGCCUGGACAGCUUCGACCAUCCCUGAGGCCCUACCUGGGCUUCCUGGGAGGGCUCAGCCCUGGAACUGCUGUGGCUUGGGCACUUGGCAUCCUGGUGGGCUCAGCUAUCAUGCUGGGCUGCGUGCUGGUCUUUGGAGACUCACCCCUGUACCUCCCACAGUGGGGCUACAUCCUGCUGCUCCUAAUCAGUGGUAUGGUAUUUCUGCUCAGCCUCCUGGUCCUGGGAGCUCACCAGCAACAGCACCGGCAAGACACUUUCCAGAUCCCCCUGGUGCCCCUGACUCCAGCUCUGAGCAUCCUCCUCAAUAUCUGCCUCAUGUUAAAGCUGAGCUACCUGACCUGGCUGCGCUUUGCCAUCUGGCUGCUGAUUGGCUCAUUACCACCCCUGCAGGACUUGCCGUGUAUUUCGGCUAUGGCAUCAGGCACAGCAAGGAGAACCAGGAGGAGUCACCAGAGCUGAACACCACACGAUAUGUGGUAUUCCCCAGCGGCAGCCUGGAAGAGACAGUGCAGCCUGUGCAGCCCAUGCAGCCGGCAAGCCAGGCACCAGCCCAGGGGCCUGACAGCAUGGAGUAGCUGGCAAGUCUGUGAGCCAUGUUGUUUUUGCCCUGCCCUCCCCUACAUCCUUGAGAGGCCAGAGGAGCUGGGAGCUGCUUCUAUCCAGGGCAACAGGUUUACAGCCUGCCCAGGCUAGGAGGUUCUCAGGAUGUUAGGACUCUAUCCCAGGUACUGAGCUUCUGGUCUUCAGGGAAUAGACCUCAGUCAGCAUCAAUACAGUGGACUCUGCUCAGCACCUUCCUAUUUAUGACCAACUCCAGCUAACAGGCAGGUGGGGUAGGCUGGGCAGCAAAGAGGUUCUAGCCCCAGAGAUCCAUAAUAAUAACUGCUUGGCCAGCCAUAUCGGCAA